AUGUAUCUUCGGCGAGACAGCGAGAGCGGCGGUACAGCCGUCAGUUCGGCCAGGACCCCGGAAAACAACCCUUCCUCUACCCGCACGAUACCCUUUACUCCCCGAUCCGAAGUGAACACUACCGCCGCCCCCAGGCUUGAGCUCUUGCUCGCUUGGAUCUUGGUGCUGUACCGCGAGAAUGACGAUGGCAGCCAGAUUUCUUGGGGCGCCAGGAUCAACGGCGGACAAUCGUCUGAGACGAGCCACUCCCUGGACCUGAGCAACAUUCCCUUCCAGAAGAACUGCUCCUUGACAUCAGCACUGGAAGCUGUCCAGCAGCUAGACCCUCCGACACCCGAACAGGAGAGCACCACGCAACACACACUUUUGUUCAACAACGGAUCAGCAGCCACCAAAAGUGGUCGUGAGAAGGACUCACAAACCAACUUUCGCGAAUGGACAUACCAGAUCGAGGUCUCAUAUUCUGAACAGGAGUUGAUCGUGAAAGCGGACUGGAGCCGAACAGCGUUGUCAACAAGUCUCGCCACGACAAGACUCAACUCAUUCAUCGACAUUCUUACCACAAUCCUGGAGCACCCAGAGCGAUCCGUCUCAGAUGCUACUGGCCCGACAUUGGCAGACCUUGAUCAAUUGUGGUCAUGGAACGCCACACUGCCGCCGCUGAUGGAGCAAUGCAUGCACGAUAUGAUCACCGAACAGGCCGCCUCUCAACCGGACGCCCAUGCCAUCGAGUCAUGGGACGGUAACUUCACGUACGCCGAGGUGGAGGCCCUUUCUACACGCUUGGCCAAGCACCUGGUCGCCCGCGGAGCGCAGGUCGGGGGCAUCAUUCCGCUUUGCUUUGAGAAGUCGCGAUGGACCAUUGUUGCUCUGCUUGCCGUCAUGAAAGCCGGUUCUGCUUUUGCGCUCACAGAUCCCAGCCAGCCGGAAGCCCGUCUGCGGACGAUCGUUGAGCAGACGGAUGCCAGACUGCUCAUCACCUCGCAACUCCAGAGCACCUUAGGUGAACGCAUUGCUGGCGAUGCCACCACCACAGUUGUCGUCUCUGGUGAGACGCUCGAGCAGUUGACGCCGGAGCCUGACGCUGCUCUUCCCACGAUCCCGACCUCAUCGCCCCUCUACAUCCAAUUUACCUCUGGCAGUACCGGCAAGCCCAAGGGUGUCAUGUGCUCUCACGAGAACUACACCAGCGGUGCUGUUCCUCGAGCCGAUCUUGUCGGCUACAGGUCGCACUCCCGCGUCUUCGACUUUGCCUCCUAUGCUUUCGAUGUGAGCAUCGACUGCAUGCUUUGCACGCUUGCGAAUGGCGGAUGCCUCUGCAUCCCCUCCGAUGAGGAUCGCAUGAAUGACCUCAGUGACGCCAUCCGCAAGAGCAAGAGCAACAUGGCGCACAUGACGCCCUCCGUCGCCAGAGUUCUGGACUCUAAUGUAAUCCCGUCCCUCGAAGUCCUUGGCCUAGGCGGUGAGGCUGUGUCUGCUGGUGAUGCCUCAGCCUGGAGUCAAAGUGCCAAGGUCAUCAUCGCGUACGGCCCCUCCGAGUGCACAGUUGGUUGCACCAUCAACGGGAGCGUCAGUAGCACAUCGACCAAUAUCGGCAAAGGGACUGGCGGCCUCACUUGGAUCGUCGACCCUGACGACCACGACCGCCUGAUGCCCGUCGGCGCCGUCGGUGAGCUCCUCAUCGAGGGCCCCGUCGUGGGCCUGGGCUAUCUCAAUGACCCCACAAAGACGGCCGAAGUCUUCAUCAAGGAUCCUACCUGGCUUCUCGCCGGCGGCGGCGGCGCGCCCGGCCGCCACGGUCUCUUGUACAAGACGGGUGACCUGGUCAGGUAUGACCCUGAUGGCAGCGGCGCCAUCGCCUUUGUCGGCCGCAAGGACCAGCAAGUCAAGCUUCGCGGACAGCGUAUCGAGCUGGCCGAGGUGGAACACCAUCUCCGGGGUAAGCUCCCGUCCAGUGUCAAGAUUGCGGCCGAAGUCAUCAAGCCGGGCGGCACAGAGCCGACGCUGGUGGCCUUCAUCGUCGAGCAGGCAUCAGCCGCGACCGAUGACGGAGAGGGCGAUCUCACGACUCUUUCCGCAGAGCUCAGCCAAAUCGUCGCCGAGAUUGACACAGCUCUUGGAGCCGAGAUUCCUCGAUACAUGGUCCCGUCGUCGUACAUUCCUCUGCGCAAAAUGCCCUCGCUUGUUUCUGGAAAGAUCGACCGCAAGCGUCUCCGCGAGCUGGGAUCGUCGAUGAGCAGGGAGGAGGUUGCCCGUCUGCGCGCUGUCAGCGCCGAGAACACGGCGCCACAAUCCGACAUGGAGAAGGCCUUGCACCGAUCGUGGGUCAAGAUCCUGGGCACAGCGUCCGAGAUUGGUCUGCAAGACAGCUUCUUCGCUCUCGGAGGCGACUCACUGCGAGCUAUGCGUCUCGUCGCAGCUGCCAGGGAUGAAGGUAUUGUCCUAACUGUAGCGAACAUCUUCAACUGUCCUACGCUGAAGGAAAUGGCCGCCACCGCGACUACGGCUUCGCAGGAGACGCAAGAAGCCGUGGAGCCCUUCUCGUUGCUUGACAUGGACUGGAGCCGUGAGGCUGCCAGUGCUGACGUCGCGAAACUGUGCGAGAUUGAGGAAGCCACGGUUGAGGACGUGUAUCCCUGUACGCCUCUACAGGAAGCCUUGAUGGCCUUGUCGGCAAAGGUUAAGGAGGCCUACGUUGCGCAGCGAGUGGUGGACCUCGAUGAUGCCGCGAUGGCGGACAAGCUGAGGUCGGCUUUCGAUACGGCCGCUACAGAUUGCCCCAUUUUGAGGACGAGGAUUGUCCAGGUGCCCCAGCACGGCCUCGUCCAAGUCGUUGUCAACGAGAAAAUUGCCUGGCACAUUGGCGAUGACCUCCAGGGCUACCUUGUGAAGGACCGCGACGAGGCAAUGGACCUCGGCAAGCCCCUUGUGCGAUACGCUCUCAUUACCAGCCCCGAAUCAUCAAAGGUAUACUUUGUUCUCACCAUGCACCACGCGCUCUAUGAUGGAUGGUCCAUGCCCCUGGUCGUCGAUCGCGUCAAUAAAGCAUAUGACGGCCAGAAGGUGCAGCGCCCGGCCGAGUUCAAGAACUUCAUCCGCUACCUCAACACAGUGAGUCGCGAAGAAGGCGAGACCUUCUGGAGGGAGAGGCUGCAGGGCGUCAAUGGCCCUCAGUUCCCGGCUCUGCCGUAUGAAGGCUAUCAGACGCAAGCGGACUCGCUUCUUGAGAUCCACGUACCGCUGUCUGGUCGACCAGCGUCCAACACGACAGUGGCGACUGUCAUUCGUGGUGCGUGGGCCUAUGUUGCCUCGCGCUACAGCGCAACAACGGACGUCGUCUAUGGCGAGACGCUCACCGGGCGCAAUGCUGCCCUCAGGGGCGCCGAAGAGAUUGAAGGCCCCAUGAUCACCACCAUUCCGUUCCGUGUCCAGAUCAACGACGAGAGCAGUGUCGCAGAGUAUCUCCAGGAGAUUCAAGACUCGACCGCCCAGCAGAUUCCCUACGAGCACACGGGCCUGCAGCACAUUCGCCGUCUCAGCCCCGACGCCUACGAGGCCUGCGAACUGCGGACAGGCCUUGUUCUGCAUCCCAGUGCCGAGGGUGAAGCGCAACCCAACACGGCGGUCUACCCUGCCGACAGACUUGUGCCCGCCGGUGACUCGGAGGCCGCACAGGAGGCCUUGAAAUUCAACACGUAUGCGCUCAUGCUCGUCUGCGCCCUCGACUCGAAGGGCUUCUCGGUCAUGGCCAGCUUCGACUCCAACACGGUUGAGAAGUCCUUGAUGGAGCGGGCCCUAAACCAGUUCGCUCGUGUCGCGACCCAGCUCUGCGAGAUGACGGACGCUCCUAUCCGAGACUUGCGCUACCUUACAAACGACGACCAGGUUGAGCUCUGGCGCGCGAGCAUCAAGAACCCGCAAAGCGUGCAGGACAAGUACCCCGAGACUCGGGCUGUCUGGAUCGUCGACCCACAGGAUAGCACGCGCCUGGCGCCUCUCGAGGCACUUGGAGAGCUCGUCGUCGUGAGCACAGCGGAUCUUUCUCUCCCGACCAUGGACGAGCCCCUCUGGCUAGAUGUUGUCAACGGUCACGCGGACGAGCAGAGGGCCGCCAAGUUCUUCAAGACCGGUAAGCUCGCCAAGCUCAGCGCCGACGGCUCCGUCCAGAUCACAGAGAAGAAGAGCGCUGCCGCUAAGAGCGCGGCCCCCAGUCGCCCUGUCAAGAAGAUCUCGGCGACUUCGGCAAAGCAGCGACGCCUGCGGACGCUCUGGAGCCGUGUAUUGAGGUUGACGGAGGAGGAUAUCGGUCUCAACGACAGCUUCUUCAGGCUCGGUGGUGAUUCGAUCUCCGCCAUGAAGCUCGUGUCCGAGGCUCGCGCGGACAACCUGCGCCUGACCGUCGCUCAGGUGUUCAAGAACAGAACCCUGUUUGACAUGGCCAGUGUCCUUGAGGAUUCGGAGCCCACGCAGAACAAGGAGAUCGUGGAGCCCCUCGAGCCCUUUGAGCUCGUCGAGGAGGCGCAAGCUACCAAGUUCCUCGUCAACACGGUUCGUCCCGCACUGGCGGACAAGUCGUGGAACGUCAUCAACGUGCUGCCCACGAGGCCGCUGCAGGAUGCUGCCAUCAAGGGCACCAUCCAGCUGCCUCGCUUCUCGGUGAGAUACGAGGCCAUGUACUUUGACGGCGACGUCAACAAGGCACAGCUAUACCAGAGCUGCCAAGAGCUUGUCACGCGCAACGAGAUCUUGCGCACCGUCUUCAUCGCCCACAAGGAGUCAUAUCUGGGCGUGGUACUGGAGCACAUUGAAACGCCGGUGGCGGAGUAUGAGAUUGACGGAGACGUCGAGCCUUUUGUCAAGCAGCUCUGCACCAUGGACAGCUACACGAGGAUGCCGCUCGGCUCGUGCUUUGUCAAGUGGUUCUUCGUCCAAAGCAGCAGCGGCCCGUCGGCGCUCAUCUUCCGCGUCUCGCACGCGCAGUACGACGAGAUUUGCCUGCCCGUCAUGCUGCAGCAGCUGUCGGCUCUGCACGAGGACAAGCCCGUCCCCAACAGCCUCCCCUUCUCGUCGUACGUCGGCCACGUUGUCAAGUCGAACAUACCCAAGGGCCUCGACUACUGGCGCGACCUUCUCAAGGGCUCGUCCCUCUCCGUGCUCAAGCCCGACACGCCCGUCGUCAAGCGCAACCAUUUUGCGGUGCACAGGCAGUUUGACAUUUCGGCCCGCUCCAAGGACAUCACGGUCGCCACGCUCCCGACGGCGGCCUGGGCCCUCUGCCUCGCGCGCCGCCUGGCGACGCGCGACGUCACCUUUGGCGAGGUCGUCAGCGGCCGCACCAUCGACUUCCCCAACGCCGACGCCGUCGUCGGCCCCUGCUGGCAGUACGUGCCGCUGCGCGUGCAGUUCGCCGCCGGCUGGACGGCCGCCGACCUCCUCGCCCACGUGCAGAACCAGCACAUUGCCUCAUCGGCGCACGAGGGCGUCGGCCUGCCCGAGGUCGUGCGCCAGUGCACCGACUGGCCCGCGAGCGUCGACUGGUUCGACUCGGUCGUCCACCAGGACGUCGAGCACGUCGAGAGCCUCGGCUUCGCCGGCGUCAGCGGCCGCAUGGAGACCAUUUACCCGCACGAGGAGCCGCUGCGCGAGUGGAAGAUCCAGGCCUUCCCCGAGGGCGACAAGCUGACGAUCGAGGUCAUCACGUUCGAGUCGUGGGCCGAGCACGCGAAGGAGCUGCUGGCCGAGGUCGGGGCCAUUGUCGAGAGCCUCGUGAGGGAGCCGGAGGCUGUACUGUUUGAGUAA